AUGGCAGAGGUCCUUAGGCUGUAUAAUGGCAACACUGUAGGACAGCAGUUUGGUCCAAAAUGCUGCAGAGGUGACCGAAUCGGUUGUGGAAUAUCCCUGGACUCUGAUGAUGGACAGUUAACUGUGUUUUUUACCAAGAAUGGCAAAGAAGUCGGCAGUGUGGAAAUCCCAGCAUCUCCUGAUGCUCUCUACCCUGCUGUGGGAAUGCACUCUCUGGGGGAAGAAGUGCUGUUGGACCUGAACGCUGAAUGGGGGAUGGAGGAGGAUGAUGGACAGAUGAUAGUGGAUAGCCAUGAAGAGGACUGGGGCCGUCUUCAUGACGUCAAGGAAACCGGCACGCUGCUGGAGUACGUGGGUAAAGGGAAGAGCAUCGUGGACGUGGGCUUGGCUCAGGCCCGUCGGCCUCUCAGCACGCGCUUCCACUACUAUGAACUGGAGAUCACAGAUGCUGGAGAGAAGUGUUACAUCGCCCUGGGGCUGGCACGCAGGGACUACCCCAAAAACAGACAUCCAGGUUGGAGCAGAGGGUCCAUAGCCUAUCAUGCAGAUGAUGGCAAGUUGUUCCAGGGCAGUGGGGUCGGGGAUGCCUUUGGACCACGCUGCUUUGAAGGCGACAUUAUGGGCUGUGGGAUCAUGUUUCCACGCGACUACAGCCUUGAUGAUGAAGUGGAUGACUGGGACUUCGAUGUGCCUCCCAAGGCCAGUGAGGUUCAGAAUGACUUGUAUGCAAGCAAUGACGAUGAGGAAGAUGAGCGAGAAGAUAUGGAGGGGAGAAAGGUCACGGUGUUCUUCACCAGAAAUGGAAAGGUGGUGGGCCGGAGGGAAGUGGCCUUACCUGUAGGAGGCUUGUACCCCACGAUUGGCAUGAUGAGCACUGGGGAGAAGGUCAGAGUGGACCUGCACCCCCUCAGCGGCUGAGCAGAGUGGAGGAAAUGAAAACCAAGUGGUGAAAUCAGAGUAAGGAUGAAUGAUGGAGCUCCGGUACAUUUUGGAGAUCCGAAAAUACAUAGUACCUCCAAGAUGUUACUUGAAAAGUCACUGACCGUGGCUCCCUCAUGCUGUAAGAAUGAUCAAACAUUCUGGCAGAAAGUUUUUCAGUAAGAGUGAUCAAAAUAAUGCAGGUUAAUGUUACAUGCGUGCCUCAGAGAAGUGCUUCAUAAUGAAAAUGUUUUACAGGAAACUGUUAAACCAUGGGUUUGUAAGGGUAAAGCACUAUUUUUGACAAUGCCAUCACACAAAGUAAAGUUAAUAAAAUAACAUGCCAAAAAAGGGUCUCACCAGAAUAAUGAAUGUAAAAAUCCAAUUAGAGCCCAGCUAACAAGUGGACCCUCUUAUCAGCAAUAAUAAAUUUCAACAGCGCCACUCUCACAGCCUGCAGUCAUAUUGUCCUUGUUACCGGAGGUCUGCUGUUCUUCUCCCUGUUGGUGGUGCGUUACUGACACUCAGUGGUGAGAGUGAUAGUCUAAAUAAUGCUCAUAAAGUCUUCCAAAAAAAAAAGAAGAGUAGUGCACUGAAUUAACCGUGAGUAUAAGUAGCUGCUUUAUGGCUGUGGUUCUGUACGAGUGUUUGUGCUUGUUCAGACAUGGGAGUCAUUAUGGCAUAUUUUCUGGCAGCCGUGCAAACCGCAUGAAGUAGGAAUUAUGGGAUAAUUAAAUGUAAUAACAAUUUAUUGAAAUUAAAUCCAAACCAUCAUUACGACCUAUAACUGUUAAAAUGGAGUAAGCAGUUUUAAAAGCAAAAAAUCCAAAUCAUGUUUUUAUAUCAUGACUAGCUGUAGUCGUUUUUUAAAUCAGGUAUAGUUUUAACCAAAUUGUAGACGAUGUACUGUCUUAAUCACGCCAACAAUUUAGGGAUAAACAUUUGUGACAGUAAAACCAAAAUCAUGUUAGAGGAAGAACCCCAAACAUAUUUAGACCAACAAUUACCGAGGUGACUGUAUGAGUGUUGACAUAUCAGCAUAUUGCUUUGAAUGUGUUUUUCAUACAUUUGGUGUCAACGUGUACCUACACACGUUCUUCAAUCAUGAAUCUUACAGUUUGCCUUACACACACACACACAGAAACCAAGAAGAUUACUGAUCUCUAUAUUUAAGUUAACAAAAGUAACUCGCAAACCAAACCCAGUUUAGCCUUCACAGAAGAAAAUACACAUUUUCAUGAUAUGAGUCGUGAUAUUGAUAUUUUCUGCGAGGCAUUUUGGAUGAAAUGGAUACCAAAUGUCUCAAAAAGGGAAACCUGUGAGGAGCAAUUCUCUUGCGUCUUAAACUCUGUCAGGGCAAGAAUAAUUGAGGACUAAACAUGGUAUAGCUGUAAAUAUGUUGUUAGUGCAACAUUUGAAUAUUUUGCUAAAGAUCUGAAUGUUGAAAGUGAAGCCAUACUGUAACAGAUAUAUAUGCUGCUCUCAGGUAUAUUUGACAAUCCAAAUAAAAUACCUUGUCUUUUCUAUGGGUUUUUGUGAUUUUGCUGUGAGUUGAAAUCAACCAGUGAUUUCCACAAACCUGUAACACAUUUUUUAUUAUAUUUUUUAUUUUUUGGGUCACAAACUGGGUUAUUGUUUUCCUAAGGAAUCGAUCUUUUUAAAAGUUAAGAAAACUUUGACUGUUUCCCCCGACUCUUUACAAUGGUAAAGAUGUAGUUCUUUUUACACACAACACCUACCAUUUACCAAAUAAAGGUGCUGCUUCUAGUAUCAAUUCAAACUACACUUAUAACAGGCCUCUCUGCAGAUGUCUGUGCUACAUGUUGAGAUAUAUUAAUAAAAAAAUAUAAGAAUAGGCUGUAAUUUAGAAGGGUUUUCAUUUUACCUGUAUUUCUGUGUAUUAUUUUUUCCAUUUUUUAUUUGUUAUAAACAUAACUUCAUUGACGUUGUUGAAGUUUUACAACCAGAGUGCUUUUAAAAUGUUUGACCUGAGCAAAGUGCCUGUGUGAAUUGGUCCAGUCUGGACCCUGAUACACCUGGUAGUAGGACCCAGGUGUAGGUUUUUAGUUUAUGCUGACUCUGAAGUUAGUGGAACCACAUUCACACUGAAAACCUCCCUCCAAAGAUGCCACAUGUCUGUAAGUCACAGAAAGGAUCUGAAAACACCUCAUUGGAUCCAUGAAGUGGACUCCAUAUCCUGCCAGGAUAUUCAUUUGAAUAAGGAAGAAUUGCAUCCAUGAGGUGUCUCCAUGGUCAGCAAGAAAAUGUAAAGACUCUGGUGUUCAUGUGAUGCUCAUGUGCUGCUAAUAUCAGCCUGUACUGUAGACAGGGUGUACUCGUGUCAUUUUUCACAAUCAUUGUCUAGUUUUGGUGAUUCAUCAUCUUAGUUCACGAGAGCUAAUAAUGGUGUUCUGCCACACAGUGUUACUAUUCAGCCCUACUUUGUCUUUUGUGUAAUAAAUCAUGAAUGAAGUUGAAUCAGGCCAAAAAUAAUUUUAAAAUAUAAAGAAUAUUUAUAUUUACUGCA